AUGUCUGAACCAUCCAUCAAGCUGAGGACAGCCAAGGACACCUUAGUGUCAUCGCUGUUUGAGCUGUCGAAAUCUGCCAACCAAACCGCGUCGUGCAUUAUCGAUUUCUACAAUGCCAUUGGCGAAGACGAAGAGGAAAAACUGGAAGCGUUCACAACAUUGACAGAAGCUCUGCAGAAAUUGACAUCUGCCACGAACCAAAUCCAUGGGGUGAGCUCAGAAUUGACUAACCCACUCGAGGACGACAAAGAUGUGAUCCCAGCCAUUGUUUCGCCCGUUAAAGCUACGACCACCAGAAAGAAGCAGGAGCGCGAUCCAAACGCUCCAAAGAAGCCACUCACGGUAUUCUUUGCCUACUCCGCGUACGUUCGCCAAGCGCUGCGUGAAGAAAGACAGAAAGCUGGAAUGCCACCAUUGUCAUCGACCGAAAUUACCCAGGAAAUUUCCAAGAAAUGGAAAGAGCUCAGCGAAAUCGAGAAGCACAAGUGGAAGCAAGCCUACAACGCAGAGCUGGAGAACUACCAACAGGAGAAAUUGAAGUAUUUGGAGGCCAAGAAAAACGGUCUUGCUCCUACUCUAGACGGGCCAAGUACCGCUCCUGUCCCACUUCCAGACUACCUGCAAACGAGCUUAGAAGAGGAGUUCGAGCCUCCUAAGGAAAAGAGACCUCACGAAGAGGACGGUAACACCGGUAGUUCUGAAAAGAAGAAGAAAAAGAAGAAGAAGGACAAGAAAAAGGACAAGCACAGCAGCAGUUCUAUGUGA